UGAUGAGUCUCGUCAUCAACUCGCACGUGUGAAUUCCUUCAACUUCUCUAAAGAGCAAAGAUCGCCGAUUGGAUUUAAAAUUUUUUUACAAAAUUAAAAUGACUGCCGAAUUUACUGCUGAUGUUGAUGACAGCGAUGACGCAGUCAGGAAAAGGAUCGCAAACGGAGAAAUGAAAACUGAUUACAGUGCCUCUUUGCGGAGAGCUGCGAACUCUUCAUCUCCUGAAACCCUGGGUGACGGGGAAGGUGACCCGGGAGAGGUACCGUACCGGGACCGGUACGGAAGUACGGGCAGCAGUGGCUCGCUCAACCCACACAAACGGCGAUUUGCUGACGUGAAACCUCCCUACUCCUACAUUGCUCUGAUCACGAUGUCGAUCCAGAACUCCAAAGAUGGGAUGGUGACGUUGAACGACAUCUAUUCCUUCAUUAUGGACAAAUUCCCCUACUUCAGAGACAAUCAGCAGCGUUGGCAGAACUCCAUUCGCCACAACCUGUCCCUGAACGAUUGCUUUAUUAAGAUCCCUCGGGCACCGGGUCGUCCUGGGAAGGGAAACUACUGGGCACUCCAUCCAGACUGCGGGGACAUGUUCAGCAAUGGUAGCUUUCUGCGACGAGCUAAACGCUUCAAAGUGAGCAAACGGAGGAACGAGCCGGCACAGAUACAACACGUCAAUUCCUACGGACACUUCAGCUUGUAUGCGCCCAGCUAUCCAUCCACGGCUUACCACAGGGAUCGGGCGCUGAAUUCUUAUCCAUCCCACUAUCAAUCCAGCCUUCAACAAUCGAGACAGUACCCGUCUUCCUACGAAUCUUUCACGGAUUCUCCAUGGGCCACAACGGCUCCACCCACCCAGCCCUACUGCGGGGCCGCCCCCUGCUACCCGUCCACGGCGAUUGCACCCAGCACCGGCUACCUGUCCGUCGGGGGAAUGUCGGCCGUGCAGACGGCGCAUCACGCCGCGGCGUCUUUACCCACCUACCCUGCCAUACAGCAAAGUUAUGGGUCGAGUUCAUGUUGUCAGAUGGGCCGAAGAAUUCCACAACACUCUUUGUAAUUAUCACACUUGCUUUUGUAAGACAUCGUAAAACUGUUCAGAAUAUAAACAUCUAAAAACAGAAAAAGAACCCAACUGUACGUUCAACAGGCAUUGUUCUUGUUCCUAUAAAAUGUUGCUAUGCUAAAUUACAUCGGCUGAAAAUAUAAUGCGUAAUAACUUAUACCUAUUAGAACGCAGUUUGUCUCAUCAGAGAAUUUCUGCUUCCGUAUGUCCACAGUUUGUGGAGUGUAGUUUGCCCAAUAAAGAUAUUUUCCCGCUUUAGAUUCUAUGAAACUCCACUUGUUACAAUUGAUAGUCAAGUCCGUUAAACUUGCCAAGAAUGAACAGUUCAAAGAUUCCUUCCUUGCUCUCCAAUCUAUAAGCUUCACAACGAAGUUACGAAAGUCCUGGGGCCGGCUGACUUUACAGUGAAACAAGCGGUGGUAACUUUGUGCAAGCAAGUUUUAAAUGUACAUGUACAACAUCCAAAAGUGUGGGCUAUUUUUGUUCCAAUUAAUCUGUUGUCUUUAACUAAACUUCUCCACUGAGGGACUAUGUUAAUUGCGUUACUCGCACACAGAUAUAUUGUAUUCAGUGGCAUAUCCAGCGGUAGGAGCAGAUGGACAAAUUGCCCCCCCCCCGUAUUUUUUUUAAUUGAUUGAAAGCACCUGCAUUUCAGAACGGUAUUACUGCCUUUUGGGGGACGAGGACUCUUUCACAAAUGGUAAACACUGGGCAAUCGGUUUCGAAAAAAUCCACCCCGACCUGUACGCCACUGACGAAUCGCGCAAAUUUCUGAAACGCUGUGUUCUGUCGUUCUUUACUGCAGUGCCGUCACCAAAAUGCAAAAAUUUAAAUGUCGCCCGUGUGUGGGUUUCAUUUCAACGAAAUGUUUCUUUAUCAUGUUCGGUUUAAUAGAAACAAUAAUAAAUUUCGAAGCAGUUCAGGAAUCAGCUACUAUCUCAAAUGGGCAACGAGCUUCUUAUUUUCGUAUCCAGUUGCUUCUGUACUGAAUUGCUCUGAACUGAAAUAUUUCCCGUUAAAAGUUGAAAGUUCUCUGUGACAAUCAUAAGUGACAUCACCAUUUACGAAGUCUCACCAGAACGAUCGUCUCUUCUCUACACAGGCCACCCAUAGUCUGAUGAAAUUGCAUUAGUUUGUUAAACGUUUUGACAGUAACGUAGUUAGUUUGGUAUAAACUGAUUUCAACCAUUUUGAGGUAAUUGUGUCAUUUAUAUCUAAAGUGUCUUUACUGUACAUAUUUUUAAAACCUGUACAUAUAUCUGAUGGCAUGAUGGCCAGAAAGCAACCAACUCUUAUAACUAACAUUCCUCAUUUUUUACUAACAGAAAAAAAAAUACUCAAGACUGUUAAAUUCUGUGCUAAAUAUUAAAGUGCAUAGGUAGUCCCGACACUCUUGUUCAUCUAAGUUAACACACUAAAUAACUAAGAACUCACUUUAUAGCAAAAAACAGGUACUUAGUACAGUAAACGAACAAAGGUAAUGGACUAGAGUUACAAAAGAAAAUAAUUUUACAAAAAAGCCCCUAAAUCAUUCAAACCACGGCUUUUCAUUUGUAUAAAGUGUCAAAAUAAAUUUAUUACGAACGAUAUCUUGAUGGAAAUUUUUUGUCUGUUUAUUUAUUGAAAUUCGCUUUAUCACCGGGGUCACGAUGUUUAGAAGGUAGACGAGCAACAGACACCAGGAAAGACUAAAAAUGUGACAGUUUUGUGUAGUGUGUGUUACUUACUGCUCUAGGUAAUUGCUAUGGCAAACGCCGAACAACGAAAUUUCAAAUUACGAGAAA